AUGACGUCACUCCCAUUAAACGGCUCUAUGGGUAGAACCAUAAACGGGCGGCGUUGUUUCAGUAUCUGCCAUUUUGAUUAGAACUAACUAGCUACUUCAGCAGAUAUCGUAGUACUUUAAAAUUAGGAGUACAUUCUUGCUGGCAAAAUGCUUUCAGCAGCCCAGUUACUCGACGAGUUAAUGGGCCGAGAUAGAAACUUGGCCCCUGACGAGAAGCGAUGCAACGUGCGAUGGGACGACGAGACCAAGGUUUGCCGGUACUAUCUGUGUGGCUUCUGCCCAGCGGAGCUAUUCACAAACACCCGCUCCGACUUGGGCCCUUGUGAGAAAAUCCAUGAUGAAAAUCUUAGAAUAACGUAUGAGAAAAGCUCUCGGUUCAUGAAGGAGGGCUAUGAGCGGGACUUCCUGCGCUAUUUGCAGUCACUCUUAGCAGAGGUGGAACGGCGGAUUCGCAGAGGCCAUGCCCGGCUUGCACUUUCUCAGGCACAGCAGAAUGCAGGGGGCCCUGGUCCAACAGGAAAGAAUGAAGAGAAGGUCCAGGUUCUGACCGAGAAGAUUGAAGACCUAGUUUUACAGAUUGAAGAGCUGGGGUCAGAGGGCAGAGUGGAGGAGGCCCAGGGAAUGAUGAAGCUGGUGGAGCAGCUGAAGGACGAGAGGGAGCUGCUCGGCUCCAACCCUUCGACUAUCGAGAGCUUUGCAGCCCAGGAGAAACAGAUGGAGGUGUGUGAGGUGUGUGGAGCUUUUCUCAUUGUGGGUGAUGCACAGUCCCGAGUGGAUGACCACUUGAUGGGCAAGCAACACAUGGGCUACGCCAAGAUCAAAUCCACUGUGGAGGAGCUCAAGGAGAAACUCCGUCGUCGCUCAGAAGAGCCCCAAGAUGAAAGCCCAGCGCUUAAGAAGGACAGAGAAGACCGCGAGCGUGAAAGGGAGGAAAGGGAGAAAAAGCGCAAAGAGGAGGAAGAGAAGGAGAAGGAACGCGAGAAGGAGCGUGAAAAGGAGAGGGAGCGAGAGAAAGAGCGCGAACGGGAGAGAGACAGAGAACGGGACAGAGAUAGAGACAAGGAGAGGGACCGCAGGGUGCGCCGAAGCAACUCUAACAGCCGCCACUCCAGUCGAGCAUCAGACAGGAAAAGGAGCAGAUCCCGAGAUCGCCGGCGGUCCAGGAGCAGAGACAAAGACAGGGAGAGGGAACGCAAACGCAGCAGGAGCCGCGAUAGGGAGAGGAGGCGCAGCCGUGAGCGCUCUGACAGAAAGCGUCGCUCCCGCAGUCGUGACAAGAGAAGGUCACGUAGUGCAGAGCGUAAAUCUCACCGCCAUCGCAGCCGCAGCAAGGACAAGGAGAGGGAGGAAAAGAGAGACAAGGACGAGAAGAGAGACAAGGACCAGAAGAGAGACAGGGACAGAGAGCGGUCAUCGAAAGACAAAGACCGUAAGGUGACAGAGGAGAGGAGCAGCUCUAAGAAAGAGAAGCACUCUGGUGAUGCAGCUACCAUCAAGGCUUCGUCAGAAGCGGAACUGAUGGAGAAAGAGGCAGCUGCCUCCGCCUCCCCUCGGCUUAACGGCCAGCAAGAGCUCCUCCAUUCUGAAGGUGACACUCAGUCCAAUUAAAACUGAUCUGAUAGGACCUCAGAUCAGGCUCAGUGGACGCUGGGAUAUAUGGUGGAGGAAGAAGUGGAAGAGCGCAGCCAACCUCGUCCUGAUUCUGACACUUCGCUGCUUAAAAACAAGGUGAACCACAAAUGUGUAGUGGCGUAUUUAAAAACAUGACCAUACAUAUGUAAAUGAGGAGAGGGGGAAGUAAAAUGCAUUGAUUUUCAUGUUCCAUCACCUGUCUAUCUUUUGGCUGGAUGAGAGUAGUUGUGGUUCAUCUGAUGUAUUAAUGGGUCUCGAUGUCAACCAGGCAUCACUUUGAAUACCAAACUUGGAGAAGUUCAUUCUGGGUUUUUGUGUUCUUAUUUUGAAAAUCUUUACACAUCAUCCUUGUUUCUUGACAUUUAGUGAAAAUGAAAUAAAUGAAGAAAAAAAGUG